CCUAAUUGAGCCCUUCCAGGGUUUUAGCGUUUUCCCUCCCAAUGCAGGGAUGAUUUGGAGCCGGAGUGGAGGAGGAGGAGCCACAUUGCCAGCAGCGAUGGCGAAGGUGGCAUCCAGCGUCGCCGCGACGUGCUUCCCAGUGCUCAAGGGCCGGGUUUGGAGGAUCAAUCGGCUCGCUGCUCGAAUCUAUCCGCCACAGGUGUGUAGGGUAUCAAUCUCCCGGCAGCAGGUCAUUCCGGCAUGGUCGAGCUUGGCGUUCCGGCGAAUGGCGAGCACUGGCGCUGUGGCGAAGAAGGAGAAAAUAUUUCGAGUAGAAGAAAAAGACGAGGAGGAAGAUGAGCUUGAUGACGAAGAAGAAGGGAAUUUCGACGAAGAAGAGGAGGAAGAAAAUGAUGACGAAGAAGAAGAAGAAGAAGAGGGUGACUCUCUGGAAGCCAGAAAAAAAUUUGCUGACAAUGACGAUGAUGAUCCGGGCGAGUUGGAAAUUAUAAAAAGGAUCAGUGCCGAAGAUACUGGGACCGAAAAGAAGAAACCGGGUCCAUGGAAGUCGAGAUUUCCACCAUUGAGUCAAAAAGAAAAGAAAGAGCUCCGUGGACAUGCACAUCGGCUGGGAAAAUCCAUUGCGCUUCAUCACGUAGGGAAGUGGGGAGUUACUCCUAACUCACUCAAGUGUUUGGGCGACGCUCUGGAGAAGAACGAACUUAUGAAGGUGAGGGUCCUUGACAAUUGUCCGACACAUAUAAGCCAAGUUAUGCUGGACUUGGAGCACGGUUUAGAGGCCCAAGUCGUUGGUAAGAUCGGUCACGUACUCCUUCUAUACAGGCCAAGCCUCCGGAAGGCAGAGAUGGACGAGAAGAAGCAGAAGGUCGAGAUGGAUCGAAAAAAGAGGCCACAUUCACGACAAGAACGCGGAUGGAAGGCACAUGGUUGCUGAUUGCUAGGCAUCUAUUGAUCUGUUUUUCUUCAAAAUGUCGGUAUGGAAAGAGUCAUUUUUUCCAGAAGUA